AUGGUGCACAUCAAGAUUGAAUCAUCUUUGGACAACACUUCAACAAUGCUCAACACAUAUCAAUCAUUGCAAGAGACAAAUGUAGAGAUCACCUCACACUUUGAACAAUUGAUCAAGGUGAUCAUGGCUCAAGAACACCGAGUAAAGACACCGAUCAAUCAACAAAUAUCACACGUUCAAUCAACAAUCAAUGACAUUAUCGAUGAGAUCAAACAGAUCAACCGCAUCAAUAACCACCACGUCAGCAACAUUGAGAUGACAUCAGACAACAACAAUGACAAUGGAGCAACUGAAGACAUCACACAAUUGAUUCAAACAAUCACAUCAUGCACAUCGAUCGAUGAGUUCACCAAGAGUGUACUUGGCUCACGUUAUGGGAGUGGAGGUGUCAUCAACGACGACAACAAUUCUCAACAGUAUGAUCAUGAGCUGUUGUCCAUGAUCAGUCAUCACUCCAAUCAUAUGAAGAUGACACCGUAUGAUGAGUUGCCAUAG